CUCGUUUGCCAUGGGGUCUGUUCCCUACCCUCACUUUAGAGAGAACAGACCCUCUGGGCUUCCCUAAGCCCGCCGUCGCUUUGUCUCUAGUAAAUGUUUGCAAGCUGAUUUACAUAGUAGAGUGUGUUCUCUUGCGGCAUGGCUCCUGUGAGCCUGCUCUCUACUUUCCAGUCUGUGAGGCCGGGGGUCCUCGGGACCAGGACCUACUGUACAGGUGAGGUGAGUCCAAUAUUUGGGACUCCUCCAGAAGAUCUUCUGUCAGGUAAGGGAGUUUAUUUGGUUGUUAUUCUUGCAAUUUCACGAUUACAAUGAAGAAACAUUUCCGUGUGUCCUCGAGUUCCUGGGUUGCUAUGGUGACAGACUAUGGAGCCUUUAUCAAAAUCCCAGGCUGUCGGAAACAAGGUCUUGUCCAUCGAACUCACAUGUCAUCUUGUCGGGUAGAUAAACCCUCGGAGAUAGUGGAUGUUGGCGACAAGGUGUGGGUGAAGCUCAUUGGCCGAGAGAUGAAAAAUGAUAGGAUAAAGGUAUCUCUCUCCAUGAAAGUUGUCAACCAAGGGACUGGGAAAGACCUGGAUCCCAACAACGUUAUUAUUGAGCAAGAAGAGAGGCGCAGACGGUCCUUCCAGGAUUACACUGGGCAAAAGAUCACCCUCGAGGCUGUCCUGAACACCACCUGCAAGAAGUGUGGCUGUAAAGGCCACUUUGCAAAGGAUUGUUUCAUGCAGCCAGGUGGGACCAAGUACUCUCUGAUACCUGAUGAGGAAGAGGAGAAGGAAGAGGCCAAGUCAGCAGAGUUGGAGAAACCUGACCCCGAGAAGAAUUCUUCUAGAAAAAGAAAGAAGGAAAAGAAGAAAAAGAAACACCGAGACAGGAAGUCAUCUGACUCGGACAGCUCCGGCUCCGAGAGCAACGCCGGCAAGAAGGCCAGGCACGCGUCAAAAGACAGCAAGGCGGCCAAGAAGAAGAAGAAGAAAAAGCACAAGAAGAAGCACAAGGAGUGAGAGCGGAAAGGAGAGAGGGCUGGGUGAGAGCACGAAGAACCAGAUCCUUAGUCCCGAAAGUCGAAGCUCCAGUUGUGAGAAUAAGGCCUCCCAUCCCAUUUACUUCUCUCCCAUGAGAGGCGGCUUCCCCAAAGGCAGCAGGCAGGGUUUGGGAGUUCCAUGUCCAGAGCAGCUGCCUGAUUGAGUUUGCUUAUUGCUCCUGGUCUCUUUGCAAGUGACCUCUGCACCCUACCCAUGCGCUCACCCAACACCUUUCAGCAGAAGAGCCCUCGCCUCUCCAGCUGCCACCGCCACAGCUGCGUUCCGAGUCCAGCCCAAGCUUGAGCCGCAGCUACUGCUGUGGAGGGGAGUCUCACUGGUCGGAGAAGAACAGAGCCACCUGCUCUGUCCCGGGCUGGCCGGUGGGGUGAGCCUGGUCAGAAGUGGUGCUCUUUUUCCAUUCUCCCCAACGUGGCUCUACUCUGCUACAAGUGACAGCCGUGAAAAAGCCCGCCAGAAAAAGACCGUUUGCAGUGACUGAGUUUGUGUGUGGCAUUCCUCCAGACGGCUGAACCAGCCAGCCCCAGCCAAGAUCAUUGUUCUACUUUGUACUCAUUACUGUGCGUGUUAAUCAGUUCCCCUUGAGACCUCUGCUUAAGUUCCUGGCAUUUGAUGGAAAUGUGUUUGGUUUGACACUAAAAGUUCUUAUUCCUUUAA